AUGCUCAACGGCAUCUCUAUUCCGUGGCACAGCGAUGGGGAGCUGGCCACCCAGACUCUCAAAGAGGAGUCCAACAACCGCUUUCCCUCGUUCUCCGCAAACGACGCAGUCGCGCUGGGGCUUUCUGUGCGGAAGCGCCUCCGAGCCUCUUCGCGGCAUGCGCGAGGCAAUGGGAUGGUGAAUUCCAUACAGACGAUUGCCGGCCACAUUUUAUUCGCGUGUACAGUGGGGGACGCAGGAGAUGUCAGCCUGGACAGCUGA